UUUAUAAUAAAAAUUAAAAUCAUAAACAUGGCUGUAGAUAUGGAUUUGAAAAAUGCAUUCAAAGAGCUUCAUGAAAAAUUAUUAUAUGCAUCUCAAAAAAUAAAAUUGGCUGAUUUGCAAAUUGAUACACUUCGUCGUACAAAGCAACAUAAUAUUCUUACUAAGCAAGAACUGGAGAAAAUACCAAAAGAUGUGAAAACAUAUGAAGCUUUAGGUCGUGCAUUUGUUUUAACACCAAGAGAUGAUGUAUUUAAAAAUUUAGAUAAGGUUAACAGUGAUACAGAACAAAAAAUUACUGUCUUAGAAAAUACUAAACAAUAUUUGGAAGGAAAUUUGAAAGAAAGUGAGAACAAUUUGCGUGAAAUGGUGCAACGUAAAAGGGAUGUUGGCGGCGACAAAGAAAAUCAACCAGGCAGUUCUAAAGACUAAAAUAAUUUAAAUUUGGAUUUUUUUUUAGUUCUAAUUUAUUAACUUAACUCUUCAAUUGAUAUUUUUUGUUUUAUAACACAUCACCUAAAUUUUUAACAAUACAUUUGUUUACUUACCUGCCUACCAACAAAAAAAAACCAAUUAUAUUACUUAAAAUAAAAUUAUUAUAACACAAUUUUUUUUUUAAAAUUUUAGUUUAAAAAAUAACGGGAAGUCACUCUAUUGACCUGUAGGUUACUAUAAUAGAUUUAUUAAACAUUUUAAUUUAAAUUCAAUGGCUGUCUGCUU